AUGGAUCGCAUGGAGCUGCAAAAAGUCAACAUCAAACCUGAUGAUCAGAGCAACAGCGGGGAAAGCCUCGAAGAAAACUACAGAGAGCUGGCUGAUUCCGAAAAGGCUGCAAUUAGCAGUCCCUUUGCUACUGAUGAUGCAGAAAGUCAGAAGUUCCUUACAAAUGGAUAUCUGGAUAAAAAGAAAUUGGAAGACUAUAAUGAAGAAUAUCACAGGGGCAGAACUUCCUUUGGAAUGUCCUCGUUCAACCUCAGCAAUGCCAUCAUGGGCAGCGGCAUCUUAGGGCUCUCCUAUGCCAUGGCCAACACAGGAAUUAUCCUUUUCAUAGUGUUGCUGCUCAGCGUAGCAAUUUUGUCACUCUACUCAGUUCACCUUUUACUGAAGAUUUCAAAAGAAGGAGGAUCAUUAAUAUAUGAAAAACUGGGAGCAAAGGCAUUUGGCUGGCCUGGGAAGUGUGGUGUUUUCAUUUCAGUCACAAUGCAGAAUAUUGGAGCAAUGUCAAGCUACCUCUUUAUUAUUAAAUAUGAACUUCCUGAAGUCAUCAGAGCAUUUAUGAAACUUGAGGAGAAUUCUGGAGAAUGGUACCUUAAUGGGAACUACCUUGUUAUACUUGUAACAGUUGUGAUUAUUCUUCCCCUCUCCCUUCUAAAAAGCUUAGGUUAUCUUGGUUAUACGAGUGGGUUUUCGCUGACCUGUAUGGUUUUCUUUGUCAGUGUGGUGAUCUUCAAGAAAUCCCAAAUUCCCUGUCCUCUUCCUGUCAUGAACCACGGGGUUGAAAACUGGACGGCCACCAAUAGCACAGUGCCAAUGCACCUGGUCAUGUUAUCAAAUGAGUCACUCAGUUCUGGUGUGAAUUUCAUGAUGGACAACACAGCUGGGCACUUCCCAAGCCUUGAGGAGCCAAAAGAUAUCUCCCUGAAAAGCGGCGUAGAAUAUGAAGCACACAGCGACAAUGGUGACAAGUGCCAGCCAAAAUACUUUGUGUUCAACUCACGGACUGCCUAUGCAAUACCCAUCCUGGCAUUUGCAUUCGUAUGCCACCCUGAAGUGCUACCUAUAUACAGUGAACUCAAAGAUCGCUCCCGAAAGCGGAUGCAGAAUGUCUCAAACAUCUCCAUCACUGGCAUGCUUAUCAUGUAUCUUCUGGCUGCCCUGUUUGGAUAUCUUACCUUCUAUGGAGAAGUUGAAGAUGAGCUUCUUCAUACAUACACUAAAGUGUACACAUUCGACACCCUUUUGCUGUCAGUUCGCCUGGCAGUGCUGGUGGCUGUAACCCUGACCGUGCCCCUUGUCCUUUUCCCUAUCCGUUCAUCUAUCAGUGCAUUGCUGUUUCCCAAAAGGCCAUUCAGCUGGAUAAGGCAUUUCCUGAUUGCAGCAGUAAUUUUGGCUUUUAAUAAUCUGCUUGUAAUUUUUGUCCCAACUAUUAAAGACAUUUUUGGAUUUAUCGGAGCCUCUUCAGCUACAAUGUUGAUUUUCAUCCUCCCUGGUGCCUUCUACCUGAGAAUUGUUAAGAAGGAACCCCUGAGGUCUCCCCAGAAGAUUGGGGCUCUAAUUUUCCUCAUAGUUGGCAUAAUCUUCAUGCUUGUGAGUAUGACUCUUAUUGUAAUGGACUGGAUUUACAAUCCCCCAAGUUCAAGACAUCAUUAACCUGUGAAAACAACCAAGUGCUUUUUAUAACAAAAAUAUUUGUAUUGUGUGCUCUGAAGAACAUCUGAAUGGGAUUGUUAUUCCUAGCUAGCAACUGCAGUACUUUGAAGACAGUUUCUGGUAAGGUUACGAGAACCCAACAGAGUCUACACCAUCCUUGUCAAUAAGGAUUGUUAUUUAUGCAUUAGGAAUCUGAGCUUAGCAUUUCUGGCCAGGUGAAAUGAAAAGUGUGGUGUGAAUGCUUUCUGUUUUCAAAACCAAAAUAACUCUGUACAUAUUUCUCAAAAAUAGCUUGGUGUCACCCCUUUCAAAAUCUCCCAUGAUGAUCGUAACUACAGUUCCUGGAGCCUUGGAAAGGUAACGGCCAGAAAACUGGCCAGUGCCUCCUUUUCCAUCUGAAGGUCAUGGGAGUGGAUGCCCAGGUCCAAGAGAAAUGGUACAGUUUCUGGAGGGGAUCUGGAAGGUGAUUCCUCCAUGCCUGAUAGACUGACCUGCCUAUCAGAAAGACAGUGGCUUUGACAGGCCAUUGCACGAAGCUGAGUGUUAGAUUUGUUGCCCUGAUUCAUCAUCCAGCUGUUGUACAGAAUAAAGCUCUCUGACACAGAUUGUCUUUUGGGGCAAGUGCUUGAAGAACAGUAGAGUAUUCUCAUUUUGUUUUUAAAGAUGCCUGUGCUGGAAAUAUCAGUCAUUUCUGCAGUAGGAUUUUUUUUGUUCUUUAAUUUUUAAUUAUUGUGUGAGCUUACAUCACUGAACAAGUUGUAUCCUCCAUAAAAACUUGUCUUCCACUCUCACAGGAAUUUAAGAAGACCACAAGGUGUGACAAAGCACCCUAUCCAGUAUUGUUCAGUACUUGUGUAUUUGAUAAAUGUUCAGUGCAGGAAACUGUAAUUUGCUAUAUAUAAAAAUAUAUGUAUUUAUGUACAUAAUUUUUUUGUUUUCCUCUAGUCAUAAAAAUGUUAUCCUGUGGUAUAUGAUUUUUUAAUUUUUUUAUGUGUCACUCUGUUUUCAUAGCCACACGCUUAAUAUUAUUUUGAAGGAAGCAUAUUGAAUUAGUGGGUUUGUAAAAGAACUGGUUUUAUUCACCAGUGGUUGAAAUAUACCUGUAGCAAGCCCUAACUGCCACCUGUGUAAAAACACAUUCCUAUGUUUACUACUUGCAUUAUAAUAAAUUUUAAGA